UGUCCGCGAGGAGCCUGAAAAAAAAUUCAGACGUUCAUUACGAAACUGCGGGUUAACCGUGACACUUCCUGAUUCACUUCCGUCCCUAACCGGUUCAGGUUUUUGGUUUAAUUUAGUGUAGCGGGGGGAGUGUGAGAGAGAGAGAGAGUUAUGGGACCCUGCUGUCGGUGGUUGUUAGCGGUGUGGUGUAUACAGGUGUGCAGUUCCGGUACGGCGCGAGUCUCCGCGUUCAGCACGGCUUACGUUAAUGUGUCUUUCGUUCCUCCCGAAAGGAACCAGACGCUAUGGUGGCGCGAGGAGAUAGGGCUGUACGGUAUCGAGUCACCGACCUACCCCGUGACCGGGACCGUGUACCUGGCCGACCCGAUUCACGCAUGCGCCAACGAUACAAGGUUCGGGCGGCCCGACGGCUCUGCGACCUGGAUAGCGCUCGUGCAGCGUGGCAACGGAUGCACGUUCACGUACAAGAUAAACGCGGCCGCGCGCAGCGGAGCCUCAGCGGCGGUCAUCUUCAAUGACGAUGGUACCGACAACCGGGUUAUCCAGAUGUCACAUCCGGGGACCUCAAUCGUAGCAGUGAUGAUUGGUAAUACUCGUGGAAUGGCGCUGGUGGAGCUGUUGCAGAAGGAUGUGUCCAUCUCCAUGACGAUAGAGGUGGGGGUUCAGCAUGGCUUGUGGAUGAGUCACUAUUCCCUCUUAUUCAUCUCCAUUUCCUUCUUCAUCAUCACCACAGCAACUGUGUGCUACUUCAUCUUCUACUUUGCACAAAGACUCAACAAUAUACGUCGGCGGAAUCAUAAACAGCCCAUGUUCUUCGAUGAGAUUGUGAACGGAGGAUUCUGUGUGCUUCCAGUUGUCAUAACCCUCUUCUGUGGUUCAGUGUUGAGAGCUUCAAAAGAGAUGAAGGCAAAAGCAAAGAAAGCGAUUGGUCAGCUCAAGGUUCGCACACUCAGUCAAGGAGAUCAGGAGACGGGACCAGAUGCUGACUCGUGUGCCGUGUGUAUUGAGUCUUAUAAACCGGGAGAUGUGCUCUGUGUCCUUACAUGCAAUCAUUUCUUCCAUAAGGCAUGUGUUGAGCCAUGGCUGAUGGAACACAGGACCUGCCCAAUGUGCAAGUGUGACAUCCUGAAAGCCUUUGGAGUAGAGACGGAUGUUGAGGAGCAGCACAUGCCGACGGUAUCUUCUGAUUUGCAUUCAUUUCCCAGUAGCACUGAGUACUUGGACACACACUCUGAAUCAGUCUCGAACAUCUCCCCUAACUCUGAGUCUCACAGUGACACUGCCUCUUCCGGUUAUGAAUCUCUGCAUGCAACAGAGCACCUGGGCCCUGCUGAACACACAUGUGAAGGUUUGGAGGCGGUGUGUGUGGAAAUGCAACCGCACUACGAUAAUCCAGCCUUUGAGAACGAAACCUGCAGCUAGGAAAUGAGCAAAACACACUGUGACUGUGUGUGUAAUAAUAAAUUAAUAAAUAAAUAUAUUUUACACACACACGUGCUACAUUUACAUUCACAGAUUCAGCUUUUAAAAAAUUUAAUUUAAUUUCUCUGUGUGAGUAAAUUAAUGACCUCAUGCUGUAUUUAAUGGGAGGACAAGUGCUGCCUUUUCUCUUUAUCUCUGGGGUGUGUGCACGUGCAGGCGCACAUUUGUUUUGGUAGUGGAGAAACAUACUUCACCAGCUCCCUCUGCUGGGUCCGUGUUCUCUUUCACACAUGCAUGCAUUUUUAUAUAUAUAUAAUUACACACACACGUAUAUAAAAUGUGCGUGCCAUGUGACGGUGUUCCUGGUUCAAUAGGGUGGAGAUUAAAUUUGCUCAGUAAAACUUGUCAGUAAACAGACACUGAUCACGUGCUACUUUCCUCUUCACUUGUUCAGCUUGAUGAUGUGCUUAACAUUAAAUCUUGGCUUUAAUUUGCUGGCUACUUCACGCUGUCUGUCCACUGCUCGGGCGAUAACAUUUUAAUGUUAGCUGUGUGAAGUAGUGCUGCAUGUAGGUGACAUGGCUGAUAUUGCUAAACUCACACUGUUCAAUUAUCAGCAGGGUUUUAUACUCAGAAGUACUAAAGAAAGGAAAACCGAAGUUAAUGAUAGCUAUAAUAAUCAGAUACACCGUCACGCCGCACAAAGGGUUUGCUAUUUUUCCAAAAACUUUAAAAUUAUUCUAAUUUUUCUACAUAUUUUACAAUUUAUCAAAGUGUGUGUGUGUGUGAGCCCUUCAUGAUGUGACCUUAUGGGUAUCUUCUGUACUCUAUGAACUGCUGAUCUGAGGGUGAGCUUCCCAAAAGCAUUGUAGCAUAAAGAUCGUCGUUAACUGGUCAGCGAGCAGCAAAAUGAACUCUCUCUGUCCUGGUUAAGAUGCUCUUAGUGUUGAGGCUUUUGGGGAACCCAGCCCUGAAUAGUUAAGUAAGAGAUGUAAUUUUAAUCAAAUUAUAUUAUGACAAUGUAAACUGUAAAUAAAGUUGCUUUUUAUCAGAAAA